AUGCAAUUCCUCCCCUUGCUGGCGCUGCUCCCCGCAGCCCUCGCCAACCCACUAAAUGUCCGCGCAACCGCCUGCAACAACUCGCCCGAUCUCUGCGACAAAUCCUACGGCGACAUCACACAUCUAGGCUCUCACGACAGUCCAUUCGUGACCUCCUCUUCCUCAAACUUUGCCUUGGCUGCCAAUCAAUAUUACGAUACCCCGACCCAACUCAGCGCCGGCGUCCGUCUCGUCUCUGCCCAAGUACACAAGAGUAACUCUCAAUGGCACCUGUGCCACUCCGAGUGCGGUUUGAUGGAUGCAGGUCUAUUAAGUGACUGGCUCAAAGACAUCAAGGACUGGCUAGACGACAAUCCAAACGAAGUCGUAACAAUCCUCCUCGUCAAUUCCGACUCAGCCACAGCCUCAGACCUAAACACCGAAUUCGAAACAGCAAAUAUAACCUCCUACGGCUACGAGCCCAAAUCCCUAACCUCAGCUCCAACCUCCUGGCCAACCCUCCAAACAAUGAUCGACUCAGGAAAACGCCUCGUCACCUUCGUCCCCAGCUUGACAACAAGCACCUCCUACCCCUACCUCAUGAACGAGUGGGACUUCAUCUGGGAAAACCAAUACGACGUCCGAUCCCCAUCAAAUUUCUCCUGCGACGCAAACAGACCAUCAACAGAUACAGCCACCCUCCAAGCAUCGAGCAAAUUACCACUUAUGAACCACUUCCUCUACUCAACCGAUCUCUCCGCGCUCGGCGUCGAGUAUCCAAACACCAGCUACGUCGCCACGACAAAUGCGCCGUCCGGCGGCACGGGUAAUCUCGGCAGCACGUUGACAAAGUGUAAGAAGACGUGGAAUCGGGCUCCGGCGUUUGUGUUGGUUGAUUUCUUUAAUCGGGGACCGGCUAUUGAUGCGAUUGACGAUAUUAAUGGCGUUACUAAUGCUGUUGGUCGGAGUUCUGUUUCUACGGCGGCUGGUUCCUCGAGUGAUGGCAGUACCAUCAAUAAUGUCUUUAAGGGUCUGGUUGAUUUGGCUAGUUCUGCCCAGGCUGGGGCUACGCCUUCGAUGGGGGAUUGGGUUUGGGUUGGUGGGGAUUGGAGUAAGAUUCUUGGUGGUGGGAUUGCUUUUAGUUAA